UUUUGAAUCUUUUCCCUAGCGCCACUGGGUAUUCGGACCGUAAAGGCACUACAGUGUUGAUACUGGUAAAUAAAGAAUCAAGAUAAAUAGCGGAAUACUCGUCAACUAGCGUCAACAUUUCUUUCUAUUUAACCCCCACCAUGGCUUUAUCCCAGACCAUUUUGUUCAUUCUUGUGUCCACGUCCCAAUAACACACGCAGCGCUUGUCGCUGGCGGGUGCGCUCGCACAGCGUCCUGCUAUUUUACAACAUGGUUUUAAUCGAAUCUAAGAAAUAUGCCUGUGACACCUGUAUCAAAGGACAUCGCUCGUCUGCUUGCAAACAUACUGACCGACCCCUCUACGAAAUUAAAAAGAAAGGUCGACCGGUCACUCAAUGUGAACACUGUCGUGAAUUACGCAAAACGAAACAAGUUCAUGUCAAAUGUAUAUGCCAUAAAGAAGAAACCGUUGCUGGAGGUGAUCAAACCUCUGGCUGCAGCAACCAAGGUGUGAAUAAGAUGUUGGAGAGCGCCGCGUUUCCUAAUGGCUUGCCCAAGGCAUUAGAGGCGUCGGUUGCUGUGCAACUCUUAUCACAAGGAGCUACCUCUGAUUCUGACCUUGAUGGUUGUUCCUGCCUCUCUGGAGACGAGUGUCAUUGCUGGACUCCCCGAAAGGCGGCGCCCAGGGUCAGAAGGAAGGGCAAAUCUGUAUCCGAGUUACCAGCAUCAACCCCUUCUCCUUCGGAAUCCCAGACUGCUCCGAAGGCCCAGAACUCAUCUAACGUCUCUAAUCGGCUCGCUGAUUUUCGCGCUUUACUGCCGAAGCCUGCGCAUGAUCCUUCUUCGAGCACAGCUCUUACAGUGGGCCGUUAUCACCCCCAUGAGCUGUACAGCCCAUACGGACGAGCUCAUGGUCAACUUCAUCCCAAUCAGUCUACUCGUCAUACCUCUCAAUCACCGCAAGUCGACAAUACCCCUUCUGCACUUCCAGCUGCACCCUUACCCGAUGCUUUCGAUCACGUUGAUCCUCCUGCUUAUCCACCCCGCACCCUACUGCCGACUCACGACGCACGUUUGAUACAAGCCGUUCACCCCGAGUUCGACGCAGCUGACAUUGAAGCGUGGAACUCUUUUCAGAUGACGGGAGCCGCUAACAUCGCAGGGUCUCUCUGUGGGUGCGGCGACGAAUGUGCAUGCCCUGGCUGCAUUGUCCACAAGCUGAAUGACAACCGCCCCCGCCUCAAUGCUUCUAAAUGUGGUCAACCAGAUGCCUGCCGUAAUUGUAUAGAUUGUGCCGCCUCAUUUUCGUAUCAAUCAACUCGAGAUAUGCCUCCUAAUACCGCAUUGUCAAUAUACGACAACACAUACGCUUUACCUGAGAGAGGCUCAAUUGAUGACUGGAUCCGCCAAAUGCAGAAUUCUAUCUCCCCUUCGCAGCCAGGUCUCGUUGCCGACCUAUAUAGUCAGAAUCGGAGUAACUCUUCGACUAACUUUACCUCCAACUCACCCUUCACUAUCCCACUACGCGCAGAAGGCCUCGAUCUUCGAGACCCGCCUUCUGGUGUAUUGUAUCCCAAUGAAUCUGCAGACCCAAGCGUGCUCUUUGGACGCAGCCGCAGUUUUGAUGACUUGCUAUCCACGUAUUCCACCUUUGAUACCAGUAUACCCCUCGACCUCUCAUUGUUCAAUGGUAGCAACAGUAACCCUGAUAUCCUUUCUACCUCCAAUUGGAGCCUGGAAUCUCUGCAGGAUGUGGCAACGAUGUCUGACGGUCUGGAUUUGGCAGGUCUUUAUCGCAGCCGCUCUGCCUCCGAAGUCUCAUCGGAAGCGAGUGGGCAGAAUCAGAAUACAUCUUUGGACACUUUCUCAGACUUGGGAGAAAUGUCAUCGAUGUCAAUGUUCUAUCAUCACAAUGGGACCGGUGCUGGUGGUGGUCGUUCUUCAGUAAAAUCUCUGCCAGAUACUUUGGGUUAUCUUUAAGGUUCAGUUCGAACAUGGCAAAAUCUCUUGAUUUAGUGUAAUCUUUCUCCUUCCGUAUGAGUUCAUUCACCCUUUUUCUUUUCUUCUCUCAACAGUGCGGUUCCCUUGAAAUACUUCUUGCCCUUUCUAGUUCUGUUUUCAUUACGCACAUCUACUUCCAAGCUGCCUUUGUUUUGCUCUUCAAAUGUAUGGUGUUGGUGGUUCCUAGGCAUAAUCGAAAUUACCAGUC